AUGACUGAAGAUAUGCCAACAUUCAAAUGCGUGCUGGUUGGAGACGGUGGCACUGGCAAAACAACAUUCGUCAAACGACACUUGACUGGAGAGUUCGAGAAAAGAUAUGUCGCCACAUUAGGUGUCGAGGUGCAUCCCUUAGUAUUCCACACAAAUAGAGGCCCUAUAAGGUUUAAUGUAUGGGAUACUGCUGGCCAAGAAAAGUUUGGUGGUCUCCGAGAUGGUUACUAUAUCCAAGGUCAAUGUGCCAUCAUCAUGUUCGAUGUAACGUCUCGUGUCACCUACAAAAAUGUACCCAACUGGCACAGAGAUUUAGUGCGAGUCUGUGAAGGCAUUCCAAUUGUUCUUUGUGGCAACAAAGUAGAUAUCAAGGACAGAAAAGUCAAAGCAAAAACUAUUGUUUUCCACAGAAAAAAGAACCUUCAGUAUUAUGACAUCUCUGCCAAGUCAAACUACAAUUUCGAGAAACCCUUCCUCUGGUUAGCGAGAAAGUUGAUCGGUGAUGGUAACCUAGAGUUUGUAGCCAUGCCUGCAUUAGUACCACCAGAAGUAACCAUGGACCCACAAUGGCAGAACCAAAUUGAAAAGGAUCUCAAGGAAGCCCAAGACACAGCAUUACCCGAAGAAGAUGAAGACUUGUAA